AGCUGCUGGCUCUAGUUUUGACUGGAGGGUUUCUCUGGGAAGUGUGGCAUUCGUGUCCCGGCACUCAUGUGGUAACUUCCAGACCUGCUCUGCUUUCCCUGAACACUGGCCCACACCCAGGGAUAGAACAAGAGGGGGAGAGAGAGAGAGAAAUAAGGAAAGAAACGCAGAGUGCAUGUUUGUUUGAAAGAGAAAGCUUGAGGAGGAGAGAAAAGUGAAGCAGGACCAGAGAAGGUUAGACGUAAAGAGAGGGUGAUAUCAGGUGUUAAGAGCUUUCGAAAGACAGAGAAAACAAAUAGAAUUUUUGGCAAACUUCACCUGUGUGUGUUUGUGAAUAUUACAACUCUAAUUCUUAUAAGUAACUGAGAAGGAACCAUGGAAGUCAUUGAAAGCUCAAGUGUUCACCUGGAGCAGCAAACCCUCACUGAGAUCUCCGACGACGAGGUCAACCUGCCACCUUCUGAUGACGAAGACGAAGCAGCUGUCAAAAAGGAGCAGUUGACCCUCGGCAUUGAGGGGGAUGUCGAAGAAGAGAAAGACGACAAAACGGACUCCCAGGUGAAUGGGGUGAUGGUUCUGGCCCUUUUGGACAAGAUCAUUGGGGCGGUGGACCAGAUCCAGCAGACCCAGAGUGGGCUUGAGGCGAGACAGCAAGAGAUGGAACGCUCCGUCACUGGUAUCCAGGGCGAGCUUACCAAGCUGGCCAAGAGCCACAGCACAACUUCCAACAGUGUCAACAAGAUGUUGGAAAAGGUGCGCAAAGUGAGCGUCAACGUCAAGACGGUUCGAGCCAACCUGGAGAAGCAGGGAGGUCAGAUCAAGAAGCUGGAGAGCAACGAGAACGAGCUGCUUAAGAGGCGCAACUUCAAAGUCAUGAUUUAUCAGGAUGAAGUGAAGGUGCCCUCCAAAGUCAGCGUAUCCAAAUCCAUGAAGGUGCCCGAGUCUAUAGGGGGCAGCAAAGGCAGCCAGCUAGAGCUGAAGGAAGUGGUGGAGGAACCAGGAGAGGAAGGAGGAGAAGAUGACAAAGCCCAUGUAUACCUCUCCUCUGAUGAGGAAGAGGUGGAAAUCGAGGAGACCGUCGAAGAGUCCCGUACUGAGCGUAUCAAGCGAAGCAGCCUCCAGCGCGUGCAGACACUCAAGACGGUCUUCUCCAAAGACAAGAUGGACAAGACCAAGCAAAAGACAAAGGACAGCUUGGAGAAAACCAAACAGAAAACAAAGGAGAACAUAGAGAAAACCAAACAGAAAACAAAGGAGAACCUAGAGAAAACCAAGCAAAAGACCAAGGAGAACUUGGAGAAAACCAAGCAAAGGACCAAGGAGAACUUGGAGAAGACACGUCAUAACAUUGAAAAGAAAAUGGGAAAGUUGGGAACACGUAUGAGCGUGAACCCUGAGCGCAAAGAAAAGAUGAAGACCUCCCGGGAGAAGAUGAAGAAGUCAUUCACGCCCGACCACACCGUCUACGCUCGAGCCAACACCGCCGUCUACAAGGUUCCCCCCUUCACCUUCCAUGUCAAGAAGAUCAGAGAGGGAGCAGUGGAGAUCCAGGGGACUGAGAUGGUGGAGGUCUCCCAGGAGGCCUUCAACGGGCUGGAGGGGGAAGUCGAGGAAACAGGUAUGGAGAUGGAGAUGAUGAAUGGAGGUGGGGAGGAGGAGGAAGAAAUGGAAGAUGAAGAAGAGGAUAAUGAGGAGAAACUGCUGGACAACGAAGAUUUGGAGUUGGAGUUGGCGCUGGAGCGAGAGCGGGAGCGAGAGCGGGACAGGGACAGCGACUAGAGGGAGGAUCUAGAAGAAAAAAAGGAAGGCUGAAAGAGUGAACACAGACCAAUCCCAAAUCAUUUCUUUACUCCUACCAAUGUAGACUAAUAUUGAAAUUCAGAAGUUAAAAACCUUUAGUAUUUCUAUAUUGCUUACACUUGCCUCAGGCUUUAGGAUGGGGCAAAGAAAGAUUUGGGAUUGGCAGCUUAGUUUGAAGGUCCUAAAGAGAGGUUGAUUGAGGAGGACUUUCGAGGGGUGCAGAAAGGAGGAGUAGAAUUGUAUGAGGGCUGAGUAAGAUUUGUGUGUGUGUUUGUGUGUGUGUGUGUGGGGGGAGGGGGAAUCCGAACUCCAAUGUCGCUCAAAAAAGAGAUGAAUGUGUGCAGGUUGCUUAUAACACAAUGUACACGUCUGUGUAUUACAAACACCUUUGUAAUGGACAUAUGAAUAAGGACUGCAUCUGAAUUUAUUCAUAGGUGCUGCAUACUAACUCAAUAAGUCUACAUAAAGUACAGUUAAUUCACAUGUCAAUAAAUGAUUACAGUACAAAGUGAAACACACCGUAUAUGUAUUACAAUUGCAGGGGAAUACUGCAGUAUCCCUUUCUUAUUUGAGAACCAUUAACUGAUAGUGAUAAGUGUUACAUAUGUCUUUAUUCUUCUUUACUAUCAUUUUAUGUAGAGUCACAGAGAAUCUAUUGUGAACUGUUAAUGUUACUCACACUGUCAUUUGUGGUGUGAAUUGUUUAUGAGAGCCCAUGAUAUCACUUUUUGGUUGUGAGCAAUGAAAGAAUGUGAGAAUAUGUCACCAGGAAUGUAAUGUAUGAGAAAUAAUGUCAAUCGUUCUUCAAAUGAAGGCCUCUUUAAACAGAAAUAUUAUUCGGAUAAUCUGUUGUGCUGUACAGUUUCUGUAGACACUAAAUGUUUUGUCUUGGGAACAGAAAGCUAUUUAAAAAAAAAUCAUAGAAGGGGGAUUUCUCUCAUUAUAGCUUUGGUAGAAUCAAUGAGUAUUACAGGCAUUGUUAAUGACAGUAGUCCACAUUGUUUCAACCAGUUUUGGAUACAAUAAUGAUAAAGUUGAUGAUAAACAUUUUGUGAAUGAAACUGAAUUGGAAAAAAAACUUUAUUAAUUUACAAAUAUUCUUAAGAGUCUUCUCUGCAGUAUUGUAGUAGCACCUAGUGGCAAGUAUAUGCAUUACUGGAGUAAUUAAUUGUGGAGCACUGAAUAGCAUUCCACUUUGCAAGCUGAUCAAAUCUUGUGUUAGUGAUGUGAUGACAGUGCUAAUCCAUUUAACGUUGCUGUGGCAGGUCUGUUUUGAACAACUGACUGGAUUUUUGGGGGAAUAGCUUAACAUGAUAUCACUUUUAAAUGUUAUAACAUUUUGUUUCAUUUGUUCACCUGUUAAUUUUUAAAGUUAAUAGCAUGCCCACAGCCACUGAUUAUUCAAAGAAUGUAAUUUACAUUCAGAAUAAGACCUAUAAUUAGGAACAGUGAUCAUAUAUUAUUAAGAGCACAUGAAACAGUUACUUUCAUAAUUUUUCCAAAUCAUGAAAGUCUAACCCCACUUUUCAGGUCCAACUGGUUGGAUCAAUUAUUGUAUCCAAAAGAGGUUGAGGGCCAACUGUGCUUGAGUAAUUAAGCCUUGUUUCGUAUGCAUCUAGGUAAACAGGACCAGUUGAACCAUCCAGACCUUUUAUUCAAUACCUUUCAUUGUUUAUGUUGUAUUUAAUGUGAAUCACUGCCAUUGCACAUACUGUAAUAUCAACGCAGCUGCUUUAUGUCUGUACCAGUGAACCUUUGCGCCUGUCUUCAAACCUUUUGUGAAAGUAACUUCAGUCAUUUCCUGCCUUAUGCACCUAAGUAUACGCUCAGAUAUCAUAAAUUGCCUUUUGUAUGUUGCACCAAAAUGCUUCAAGUUAGACACUGCCAUACUGGCAUAACCUCACACUUCAUUUAAGACAACCCCCUGUAAACAGCAACACCAGCCAUGGUAAAUAUUUAGCCAAUGUAUCACAGGUUCUUAGAUGUAUUUAUUCAUGAAGGGGGCUGUGUUCAUUUAGUUACAUAUCAAAACCUUUGGAUUGCAUUGAUAGUUUUCAUUCAUCUUGGGGUAUUUGGGUGUAUUUUACAAUGUAAUGAUGAUCCCACCUCUCAUGUAGGUGAGGACUAUGCAGAGCUGGUGUGAGCCUAACCACUAAUAUUUUAAUAAAAGCUAUUUGAUUCACAA